GAGCACUGUCAUGUCAGAAAAGAAGAGCACAAGACCCGAAGAGAAACCACAGCCCGAAACAUUUUACGCGGGCAGGGGGUCAAGGCAAAUCGGUAAGAGAGAAGAUCCAACGGAGCCACCAACACCGCUCCUACCCCCGACACCCGAAGAGAAAUUCCUGAAGAGACAAGCACCGCGAGAGCCAAAGCCUGCCCCCAAGAACGAUGAUGAGCAACCAGCGUCAACGCUGACACGGCCGCGAGUCGGCUCCAGCCGAGUGGGCAGCUCCGUGCUGAUAGGGGCCCCCGAUGAACUGCUCGAGGCAUACGAGCAGGCGGUGCUGGAGGCCGAGGCCGAGGAGGAGAGCCAGCAGAGCGAGAACGAGCGUCGGAAGCUCAGUCCACUCUCGACGCUCGAAGCCGUGCGUGACGGCCUCCUAUUCAUAUUCGGCAAAUUCCUAAGACUCGUACGGCGCCUCGACAUGCAUGGAGGCGGAACCGGGAACAACAUCAACUUUGUGGAGGGGCUCAUCGACUUCCUGGCGGGCUCUUUGGGCGGGGCCGCACAGGUGUACGUCUCGCAGCCGCUGGACACUGUCAAGGUGAAGCUGCAGACCUUCCCGGAGGCCUACAAAGGAAUGUUCGACUGUUUCGUGAGCACGUAUCGAAAGGAUGGUAUAUUCCGGGGCCUCUAUGCGGGCUCCCUGCCCGCCGUGGUGGCCAAUGUGGCCGAGAAUUCGGUUCUCUUUGCCGCCUACGGAGGAUGCCAGAAGUUUGUCGCUUUCAUGGUCAAUAAGGAGACAACCAGCCAGCUGACGACCACCCAAAAUGCCUGUGCCGGCUCCCUGGCCGCCUGCUUCUCUACGCUCACCCUCCAGGCCCUGCGCGAAAUGAAGCACUAUAUUGAGCCCAGUCAUCCGCAGGAUAUGCGUACGCCCUGGUCCCUCACGCGGUACAUCUGGCGCACGGAAGCAAUCAAGCAAUUCCUCUCCAUAAUUCAGAAUUCACUUCCGAUGUUCCUGGGAGCCUGCAACAUCUCGCCCAGCGCCUCGACGCCAACCAAUCCGCAGAGCAACCAGAACCAGAACGAUGUGGACGUGGAUGCGGGCAGCACACCCCAACCGCAGCAUCCCGACUCCGAUGGCUUCUCUUCGUCGCACCAUCGCACGCCGCCCUCGCCGCCGCCCAACUCUCCGGGCGGUGCAGGAGCAGGACCAGCACGAGCAACGCCAGCGGCACAACCUCUCGCGUCACAAUCAAAUGUCCAGCGACGAGGAGAACAGCAUCAUGCCGCAGAACAGCGCGGUCGUAGAUCGAUCUCAUGUACUCCAAGUACGAGAGCAUGGCGAGCAACCUGAAGUACAACAGCCAGGAGCUCGACUCGCCGGCGGAGUAUCGCCAGAGCAGCAACAGCAAUGCGGCGAG